AUGACUCAGGCUCCUUUAGACGCUUCUGCUUUGAAAAUCACAAAGACUUCUUCUCCUAAAGAGAAGCUUCCAAACGACCAGUUGGUGUUUGGUAAAACCUUCACUGACCAUAUUUUGGAGGUCGAAUGGACCGCCGAGAAGGGCUGGGGCACUCCAGAAAUCAACCCUUACCAUAACUUCUCCUUUGACCCAUCCACAAUCGUUUUCCACUACGGUUUCGAGGCCUUUGAAGGCUUGAAGGCUUACAGAGACGAGUCCAACAAGAUCAGAAUGUUCAGACCAGACAUGAACAUGAAGAGAUUGAACAAGAGUGCUGAGAGAAUCGUCUUGCCUACUUUCGACGGCGAGGAGUUCGUCAAGUUGGUCAGCAAGUUCGUGGAACUCGACCAGGACUUUGUUCCAAAGGGUAAGGGCUACUCCUUGUACUUGAGACCAACCAUCAUUGGUACUUCUGCUACCCUUGGCGUUGCUGUCCCAGACAGAGCGCUUUUGUACGUUAUUGCAUCGCCAGUUGGUCCUUACUACUCCACUGGCUUCAAGCCAGUCUCUUUGGAGGCCACCGACUACGCCGUCAGAGCCUGGCCAGGUGGUGUUGGUGACAAGAAGUUGGGUGCCAACUACGCCCCAUGCGUGAAGCCACAGUUGGAGGCUGCUAACAGAGGAUACCAGCAGAACUUGUGGUUGUUCGGUGAAGAGAACUACAUCACCGAGGUCGGUACCAUGAACGUGUUCUUCGUGUUCAAGGACCCAAAGACCGGCAAGAACGAGUUGGCCACUGCUCCUUUGGACGGUACCAUCUUGGAGGGUGUCACCAGAGACUCUGUGUUGGCUUUGGCUAAAGCCAGAUUGCCCCAGGACCAGUGGACUGUCUCUGAGAGAAAGUUCACCAUCCAGGAAGUCAAAGACAGAGCUGCCAAUGGUGAGUUGGUGGAGGCUUUCGGUUCCGGAACCGCUGCCGUUGUUUCGCCAAUCAAGACCAUUGGCUGGAAGGGUGAGGACAUUUCCGUGCCAUUGGCUGCUGGCGACGCUGGUGAGUUGACUAUCCAGGUUGCUGAAUGGCUCAGAAAGAUCCAAUACGGAGAGGAGGAGUUCGAGAACUGGUCUAGAGUGGUGGGUUAG